AUGGACCCAUCACCGUAUGUUCGCCUUUUACAACACAUUGACGUUGCCUAUCCCGUCUCAGAAAGGGGCGAUCUCCUGGUCUUUUUACCGGGCAUGGCGGAAAUUCAAGCUGUGAUGGAGGCUUGCAAGGCCUAUGCAGAGCACACGAAACGAUGGAUCAUCUUGCCCCUGCACAGCGCUCUGCCAGCCAGUAGUCAGGAGAAAAUCUUCCACGCUCCCCCGGAUGGUGUCAGAAAGUGUGUGCUGGCCACCAACAUUGCUGAAACAUCAGUCACUAUAGAUGGCAUCAGGUUCGUUGCUGAUUCUGGCCGAGUGAAAGAGUUGACCUGGGAUGCACUGUCACGCAUGCGGCGCCUAAAGGAGACCGCCAUUUCUCAGGCCAGUGCCAACCAACGCAAGGGCAGAGCGGGCAGAACGGGACCUGGCGUUUGUUUUCGCCUAUUUCAAGAGGAGGAGUACAGACAAUUUCAGGCAUUCACAACCCCAGAAAUUCGGCGUGUGCCUCUGGACAUUCUGGUUCUGCAAAUGAUGGCCAUGGGUCUGCCCGAUGUAAAACGUUUUCCCUUCAUUGAGCCACCCGAAAUGAAAUCCAUCGACGAGGCCCUUCAGACGCUUGUGGUAUGCAUAACCUUUCAGCUUAGUUGA